UGGCGACAGGUUUACGGCUGUCGUGCUCUCCGCGUCCGCCAUCAUGAAAGCCGCAGAGAUGGUGAAGAAGCGAAAGGCGGCGAUGGAGGGAGAACCGCAGGAAGAGGCAGAGCCGAAUGCUGAGGCGGCGGAGGAGCAGGAAGAGCAGGAGGAGCCCGAGGAAGCGACCUGCAACGGCAACAAGAAGAAGAAAAUCGUUCCGGGUAUUGUGUACUUGGGUCACGUCCCGCCGCGAUUCCGGCCCCUGCAUGUACGCAACCUGCUCAGCGCCUACGGUGAGGUGGGACGCGUUUUCUUCCAGGCCGAGGACCAUUUUGUGAGACGCAAAAAGAAAGCAGCAGCGGCCGCAGGAGGAAAGAAGGCAGCGAAAUACAGCAAGGACUAUACCGAAGGCUGGGUAGAGUUCCGUGACAAGCGCAUUGCCAAGCGAGUGGCAGCCAGUCUACAUAACACGCCCAUGGGUGCCCGAAGGCGCAGUCCUUUCCGCUAUGACCUGUGGAACCUCAAGUAUUUGCAUCGUUUUACCUGGUCCCACCUCAGCGAACACCUUGCCUUUGAGCGCCAGGUACGCAGGCAGCGCCUGAGAGCAGAGGUCGCUCAAGCAAAGCGAGAGACUGACUUCUAUCUUCGAAGUGUAGAACGGGGACAACGAUUCCUUGCAGCUGAAGGGGACGCUACUCGCCCGAAUAGCUCCUGGACAUUUGCUCAACGACCCACUGAGCAGGAGCUGAGGGCCCGGAAAGCAGGAAGGCCAGGAGGCCGGGAACGAGCCCGGCUGGCUACAGUGCAGGACCAGGCCCGAUCCAAUAGAGGACUCCUUGCCAGGAUCUUUGGAGCCCCUCCGCCUGCAGAGAGCAAGAAAGAACCGUAGCCAGUCAGACUCCUGGUGGAAGAAAAGGUCCCUUGUACCCUGCUGUCCUCUGUCCUGCCUCCUGCAGAGCGUAACUGACUGACUAGGCAGAUAUUUUCUCUCUAUUCCAAAACAGAGUCGGGUAGAAGGCCUUUUUUGUUGGCCUCUUUUACCCGCUUUGAUCAAAACCUGUAAGUGCUGGGCUUACAGCACUUACUUGUACUGUCCAGGAUGAUGGCUACUAUAGGUUCCUGUUGCAUUUUGUGUGACUUUUGUUAACUGCCUCUUUCUCAGUGAGCUCCUAACAAUUUCUGCCUGGAACAGUGGACUUGCCUUCCACUAGAGUAGCAAAGGCAAGCCCAUGUGGUCUAUGGUGUUUGUUCUCUGUGGUGGGAGCAGAAUUAACAGGAAUUGGGUUAGUGGCCAAUUUGAUGUUUCUAUUUGAAAAUAAAAAAUAACUUAUUUUUA